CGAAAGAGCAAGAGAGAGUGAGAGUAAGCGUGCGUGUAUGUUCUGUUGAGAAGGGGAAUAAAAAAAGACAGGAGACCGGGGGCAGCCAGCUCGAAGCGGCAAGCAGCACCGAGUCAUGGACGGCGAAGUGCGUGUCCGAGCAGUGGUGAUGACACGUGAUGAUUCUAGUGGCGGCUGGGUGCCCCUUGGAGGUGGAGGCCUUAGCCACGUUGUCAUCUGUAAAGGGAGGAGUUCCGAAAGCCAAGGGCAGAAGGAGUAUAUCAUACGUGGAGAGCGGCUGCGCGAUCGAGCACCUGUGCUCGAAUGUGCCAUUCAAAAGGGUCUGAUCUACAAUAAGGUGAACCCCAUCUUCCAUCAUUGGCGUGUAGAGGAGAGGAAGUUUGGCCUAACCUUCCAGAGUCCAGCUGAUGCCAUUUCAUUUGAAAAAGGCCUUCAAAUUGUGCUUGACAAACUGGAAAAAGGCUUUGACUCCCCUUCUUCCUCCACACCAGAAGAAGGAGACACUGAAGAUGAUGGUCAAGAAUCUCACACAGGCAGUGAGUCGUCCUCCAACAGCAGGAAGGAGAUGUUGCCCAAGCCCAUCACCAUAGUGACUAGCGAGUCCUCCUCCACUUGCUUUGUCCUCUCUGCAGCAGAAGAGUUUGGUUAUGGAGAAGGCCAUGCCAUCACUACUCAGACCCCUGCCCAGGUCCACAGGCGGUCCUGCCAGCACCAGCUUUCUCAAGUACCUGCUGUGUUGAACCCUCCAGCCCCUCCUCCUCCUCCUCCUGCUCCCCCUACCCCCCCUCUGGCACCCCCAGCCUCCUCACCCUUGUCCCCACUCUCGCCUACCAUGUCCUUGCUGGAAGAAGGUGACCUACGCAGUAUUGAUCCAUGCAAGGAUUUAUGGGGCUCACGGGGUUAUGAGGACUACCGACGUGCUGGGGCCACACGGACCAAAGUUGGAGGUCUGACAGGAGGUGUUAUGGUAGGAAGUGGACCAGACAAGACAGAGCUGUGUGUGGUGCAUUUUGAGAAAGAACUGGCAGGUGUAGGCACUACAGGCUGUGAGGUCACUGUUAUGCUGGACACCAAAGGCUCUCGGCGACACUCCUCCUCACCCACCUGUAUGCCUAAUGCCAUGCCUGGAGCAUCUCCUGCAAGCGGCUCCCCACAGGAGAUGGGGAAAAUUUCACCUUCUCCAUGCUGCAUUCAUACUUCACUUGCCACACCCCGUUCUCGGACUCGCAAGAGAGGGGGCAGUGGGACCAGUGGGGGUGGAGAUGCCAUCUCACCUGAUGAUGACAGCCCGUGUCCACAAGGCUCGUCCUCCUGCUCAUCACGCUGUGUGUACUGUCGCUCGGUGUUUAGUGCCUCAGAGAAUGGACGUGGCCGCUGCCGGGAUGCUCCGGAUCCAGCUCUACACUGCCUACGCCAGUGGACGUGUGUAUGGUGUGCUGAAAGCCUGCUCUACCACUGCAUGUCAGACUCUGAAGGCGAGUUCUGGGAGCCAUGUUCAUGUGAAGACUCGCUGGGCCGUAGGCCACACCCACUUUGCUGUGCUGGCUGGAUGGCACUGCUGGCACUUUCACUGUUUGUGCCCUGCAUGUGCUGCUACCUGCCCCUGCGAGCAUGUCUGCGCUGUGGAGAGAGAUGUGGCUGCUGUGGUGGAAAGCACAAGGCUGUGCGGUGAGGUCUGGCUUUGGGAGGAUCUGAGGCCAGGAAAAGGCUGAGAGGAAAGGAGGAACACUCUUUUUCUUUUAAGGAAUAGAUUAAAUAUUCUUUAAUGGAUUUAAGCUAGAUCUCUUAAACUAUCAUUAAAAAGUCCCUUUUCCCAUAAUCCUUUGCUGCAUUCCAUCUGUACUCUGCCAGAACCCUUAAUGGUGGUGCCAACACAUAAUGCACUGGCAGCUUUGCAUUGUGACCUUCAGAGAGACUCAAAGAUGCAGAAAGAUGGCUCUCAUCGCCAGCCUCUCUCAUCUCCGUCUGACUGUUGUGAAGGCUCACAGAACGUGGAUGGUGAAAACAACAACGUAUAAAGCUAGGUUAGAAUUUUUUUUGUUGUUGUUUUUAGGAGGACAAUACACGGCAAAAUUACAAAAUGUAUAAUAUAUGUUAAUUUCCUUGACAUUGAGAGGUUUUUGUUUAAUUUAUUAUUUUACAUGCUCCCCUUUUACUGAGUUUAGCCUCAAUGUUCCACACAGAUUAGAGGGAGAGAAAAAAUAUACAGAAAGAAAAAGUAGACGAUAUUACAGACACAUUGACAUACAGAAGCACAUUGAGUCGUCAGUGUGUCUUUGGAGCAGUUUCAGGAGACGACAAGUAAGAGAACACUGUUCAAGAAGAAUUACGAUUUGAUGUAGGAAUGAUUAUUUUAUGUUUUGACAAAGAGUAAAAGAGUGCUUAUGGGUAGGAUCACCAAAAUUACAAUGAACAAACAUGCGCACUCUUCAGAAAAGAAAGUUAUUUUGUAUUUUUUAUGGUCAAAAAACAAACCUGUUCUGAAACUGCAAAAGAUAAUAACAUACCAAAAUUACAGAAAUUGGCUUUGAUGUUCAAUGUAAAAUGCAACAAUGAAAAAAAUACAG